GAAGGCACGCUCAAAGCUCAUGAUUGCGUCUUAAUUUACAAAUCAGAGGGAGAUGAAAACCACACUCCAGACAGUAACUUAAUCGGACUCACCACCAAGAUGUUAAAAGUGAAGAGGCUGGAAGAAAUCAACACAUGUUAUAAGAGUAACAAACUGGAGAAAAUGGCUUUCUUCCACUGCAUGGGAAAGGUUGAGAAAGUGAAAUGUUUUCUGGAAGAAAGUUCUAGUGAACAGGACUCAAGAUCUGGAAAGAAUGAGGCUAAGGAGAAGUCAUGGUCACAGCUUGGCCUGAAGGAAACAACCCCUGUCAAAGACAAAAGGACAUUGGCCCUCACAGAUGAUGUCUCGGUUCCUCCCGCCCCGUUUAAUCACCGUAUCGUGACAGCCAAACAAGCAGCCAUCAACAGUUUUUAUACUGUGAGCAGAACGGAAAUUGUAGGAGGGGGGCGUUUUGGCCAGGUUCACAAGUGUGAAGAGAAAGCAACAGGUCUGAAGCUGGCGGCCAAGAUCAUCAAGACCAGAAGCACGAGGGACAAGGAUGAAGUGAAGAAUGAGAUCAACAUCAUGAACCAGCUGGAUCACGUGAACCUCAUUCAGCUCUAUGAUGCCUUCGAGUCAAAGAAUGACAUCGUCCUGGUCAUGGAGUAUGUGGAUGGAGGGGAGCUGUUUGACCGCAUCAUCGAUGACAACUACAAUCUGACCGAGUUUGACACCAUCCUGUUCAUCAAGCAGAUAUGUGAGGGCAUAAGACACAUGCAUCAGAUGUACAUUCUCCACUUGGAUCUGAAGCCUGAGAAUAUCCUGUGUGUGAAUCGGGAUGCUAAACAAAUAAAAAUUAUUGAUUUUGGAUUGGCCAGAAGGUACAAACCCAGAGAGAAGCUGAAGGUGAACUUUGGAACUCCGGAAUUUCUUGCCCCUGAAGUUGUGAACUAUGAUUUUGUUUCCUUUCCCACUGACAUGUGGAGUGUGGGCGUCAUUGCCUAUAUGCUACUGAGUGGUUUGUCUCCCUUCCUGGGUGACAAUGAUGCUGAGACCCUGAGCAACAUCCUGGCCUGCAGGUGGGACUUAGAGGAUGAAGAAUUUCAGGACAUCUCAGAGGAGGCCAGGGAGUUUAUCUCCAAGCUUCUGAUUAAGGAGAAGAGCUGGAGAAUAAGUGCAAGUGAAGCUCUCAAACACCCUUGGCUGUCAGAUCACAAGCUCCACUCCAGACUCAUCACACAGGAAAACUGCUGCGGUUGCUGCUGCGUUGGGAAGAUUUUUGGAAAAAUCAGCAGUUCUGAUGCCUUGACCCCAAUGAUGACGGGUGGCUAUGGGGGCUGGGAGUGA